UAUAGUUUUUUUAUUAUAUUUUUAUUUUAAUUUUCAAAAUGGCUGAGCAGCAACAUUCUGCAGAGAUGUUAGGUAAGAGGAUGGACAUGGCACGGAGUGGAGGCCAUAAAUGUAUUGAAAUUAUAACAUUUAACCAAAAUUAGGAGUACCGUGUAACGAAGAAUACAGCGGAUCCACAAUGAUGGAUCAAGAUCCGAGUAGUGUUGACAACCGUGGCGAGGGGCAGAAACACUACUCACGUUGCAGCAGUGCUGGAAGUAUACAUACCCCGAAUUCAUCGCCCCACAAUACAGAUGAUGACGACGACAGUGGCGAUAACUGCAGUGGUCGUGGCGGUUCAAAUGCCUCCGCCUUGAGUUACAAAGAGCGACGACGGGAAGCACACACACAAGCUGAACAAAAGCGUCGCGAUGCCAUCAAGAAGGGUUAUGAUAGUUUGCAGGAGCUAGUACCCACCUGUCAGCAGCAUGAUUCCGCAUCGGGUUACAAACUGAGUAAAGCGUUGAUUUUGCAAAAAUCCAUUGACUAUAUUGGGUAUUUGAAUCAGCAAAAAAAGAAACAAGAAGAAGAUAGUGCUGCCCUGCAAAAAGAAGUGACAGCACUGAGAAUUAUACAAAAUAGUUAUGAGCACAUGUUACAACAUCAACAGGCGAAUCCCGGGCCAGAGGAAGCACGUCUCACAGAUGAGGCUAAAUUUCAGGUGUUUCAAGCUGUAAUGGAUGAAAUGUUCGAAACGUUCCAACACAUACCCAUGGAUAAUUUCAAACAAUUAACAACGGGUGUUAUUCCAUGGCUCGAAGAGCACUGUAAACCCCAUAUACUACGUAAUAUAUUAAGUAGAACGUUACAGGAAAUGUCGAUGCAACAACAACAACAGCAGCAACAGCGUAUGAGUGUCGAUCAACAAGACAAUGAUGGUUUCAGUUGAUAGCUAUUA